GCCGCCGCUCCCCGCCGCCGCCGCCGCUCCCCGCCGCCGCCGCCGCCGCCGCCGCCGCGCUGCAGGACUGGCUAUGGCCACCACUACUUCCGGGUUCCGUCACUUCAUUCUCCCGCCGAUCAGCGCUGCAAAACUGAGCCUCUUCUAUAAGGCAGCCAGCAGCCAACCUGCCAACACUUACUGACACUCACUCAUCUCAGAGAGCGAGGGAGAGAGGGAGACAAAAUACCUGCCGGGAGGAGAGGAAAAAAAAAAAAAAAAAAAAAAAAAAGGAGAGAGGGGGAAGUCCGGGCUUUGCAAACUAUUCCAUUUUUCUUCGCAUCUCUCCCCACCCCCCUUCACAGUACUUAAAAAAAAAAAAAAAGCAACCAAAAAAACCAGCCCUAUAGCGAUCCUAAAAGGCAAAACCCGAGCGCGGAGUUACUGGAAGAAGAAACCGGGGUUAAAAAGAUUCCUCCUCUCUUCUUCAUCAUCAUCAACCAUCAUUCAUUCACUACCUUGACAUUCCCUGGCUUUGAUUGACAGCUGGAGUGGCAAAAAGCCAUGAGACACGACAGUUUGGUUACAUGUGGGUUGCUGACGGGCCGAUCGUAACCUUCAGUUUGGGGGCUUGACAAUUUUUUUUUUUUUUUUUUUGCGUAGAGAAAGAAAAAAGGAAAAAGAGAGAGAGAAAAAGCAAAGAGAGAAAGAGAGAGAAAAAAGAAGAAAACACAGAAACUCAUCGUGGUUCUUGACUGUUUUUUAUAUAUUAUUGUUGUUGUUGUUGUUGUUGUUAUUAUUAUUAUUUACCCAUAUUGGAGGAUAGGAGAAGUCUAUAAGUGGGUUGCAAAAAAAAAAAAAAAAAAGGAAUCUUCUUCACUCUAAAUCACUUUCUUUGCUGGACUGGGAUAUUAAAUAUACGACACAUCCAGGAGUUUAUUGGAGCGCAGACUGAUGGCGCAAAGGUACGAUGAGCUGCCCCACUACGGCGGGAUGGACGGAGUAGGGGUGCCGGCGUCCAUGUACGGGGACCCCCACGCCCCCCGGCCGAUCCCCCCGGUGCACCACCUCAACCAUGGGCCGCCGCUCCACGCCGGACAGCACUACGGCGCCCACGCCCCGCACCCCAAUGUCAUGCCGGCCAGCAUGGGCUCCGCUGUCAACGACGCCCUGAAGCGGGACAAGGAUGCGAUCUACGGGCACCCGUUGUUCCCCCUCUUAGCUCUGGUCUUUGAGAAGUGCGAGCUGGCGACCUGCACGCCCCGGGAGCCCGGCGUGGCCGGCGGGGACGUCUGCUCCUCCGACUCCUUCAACGAGGACAUCGCCGUCUUCGCCAAACAGGUCCGCGCUGAAAAACCACUUUUUUCUUCAAACCCAGAGUUGGACAAUUUGAUGAUCCAAGCAAUACAAGUACUAAGGUUUCACCUUUUGGAAUUAGAAAAGGUUCAUGAAUUGUGCGAUAACUUCUGCCAUCGGUACAUUAGUUGUUUGAAAGGAAAAAUGCCAAUAGACCUCGUUAUCGAUGAAAGGGAUGGCAGCUCCAAAUCAGACCACGAAGAACUCUCAGGAUCUUCCACAAAUUUAGCCGAUCAUAAUCCUUCAUCUUGGAGAGACCACGAUGAUGCAACCUCAACGCACUCGGCAGGCACACCGGGGCCCUCCAGUGGGGGCCAUGCUUCCCAGAGCGGAGACAACAGCAGCGAGCAAGGAGAUGGUUUAGACAACAGUGUAGCCUCACCUGGUACAGGGGAUGACGAUGACCCAGACAAGGACAAAAAGCGUCAGAAGAAAAGAGGCAUUUUCCCCAAAGUAGCAACAAAUAUCAUGAGAGCGUGGCUUUUCCAGCAUCUCACACAUCCAUAUCCUUCAGAGGAGCAGAAGAAACAGUUAGCCCAAGACACAGGACUUACAAUUCUACAAGUAAACAACUGGUUUAUUAAUGCCAGAAGAAGAAUAGUACAGCCUAUGAUUGACCAGUCAAAUCGAGCAGGUUUUCUUCUUGAUCCUUCAGUGAGCCAAGGAGCAGCGUAUAGUCCAGAGGGUCAGCCGAUGGGAAGCUUUGUAUUGGAUGGUCAGCAGCACAUGGGAAUCCGGCCUGCAGGUUUGCAAGGCAUGCCAGGGGACUACGUAUCUCAGGGUGGUCCUAUGGGUAUGAGUAUGGCACAGCCAAGUUACACUCCUCCCCAGAUGACCCCACACCCUACUCAAUUAAGACAUGGACCCCCAAUCCAUUCAUAUUUGCCAAGUCACCCCCAUCACCCAGCCAUGAUGAUGCACGGAGGACCCCCUACCCACCCUGGAAUGACCAUGUCAGCACAGAGCCCCACAAUGUUAAAUUCUGUAGACCCCAGUGUUGGUGGACAGGUUAUGGACAUUCAUGCCCAAUAGUAUAAGGGAACUCAAGGGAAAAACAAAAACAAACAAAAAAAAACAAAACAAAAACAAAAACUAUUUUAAGACUUUUGAACUUUGACCAGAUGUUGACACUUAAUACGAAAUUCCAGACAGCUGUGAUUAUUUUUUACUUUUUGUCAUUUUUCAUCAACAACAGAGGACCAACGAAACACGAACACAAAUGUGAAAUCAUGGGCUCACUGAAAUGAAUAUGUCCAUGUACAGAUCCUCUGGAAAAAAAAAAAGACUCCAAGAGUUAUAACUACUGUAGUAUAAACAUAGGAACUAAGUUAACUUGUACAUUUCUGUUGAUCACUCCGUUACGUUGCCUCAAAUAGUUUUAGAAGAAAAAAAAUCCUUGUUUUCCACACUAUGUGUGUUGUUCCCAAAAGAAUGACUGUUUUGGUUCAGCAGUGAAGUCACUAUCCAUGAAAGACCUGUUUUGGCCAGUGAGAAAAGAACUACCCUGGAGAUGAAGACGAAAAGUCUUGCUGGGUCUCUCAUCACUCAGAAGACUGUUCCAAGAAGGCCUUGCCAUUCCCUCGUUUUGUUCCUUCAUAAAAUGUGUCCUUUAGUUUCAAACAGAUCUUUAUAGUUUGUGCUUCAUUAAGUCUCCCCCCAUUCCUCCCCAAUCUAUUUUUUUUUUUUUGGACUCUUCUUCAAAGAGCUUGCAGGUGAAGAUUUAAAAGACAGAACAGACAGAGCAGGAGCUUCUUCCAGUAGUUCUGAGCCUUGGCUUUGGACAAAACAAAACUAAAAGUUGGGCAGCUUUCCUCAAUGAAAGAAGUUACUAACGGUCUUUGCACCAAACCUAGGACUUUAUCAUGAACUCAAAGCUUGGGGAAAAAAAAGCAAGAGAAUACUGUAACAAACUUCGUACAGAGUUCGGUCUAUUAAUUGUUUCAUGUUAGAUAUUCUAUGUGUUUACCUCAAUUGAAAAAAAAAAAGAAUGUUUUUGCUAGUAUCAGAUCUGCUGUGGAAUUGGUAUUGUAUGUCCAUGAAUUCUUCCUUUCUCAGCACGUGUUCCUCACUAGAAGAAAAUGCUGUUACCUUUAAGCUUUGUCAAAAUUUACAUUAAAAUACUUGUAUGAGGACUGUGACGUUAUGUUUUAAAAAGAAAAAGGUGUUAAGUCACAAAAUGCGGUAAUAAAUAUUUCAUUUUUGA